UCGCGCGCUCCCUUCUUCUCGGAAACCACUUUCAACUACGUAUAAAUACCUUUACGCGACUAGAUAUUAUCUAUACAUACGAGUGCGUCUUCAAUAUACCAACAAAUCAACGCCAAGAGUGCUGGCUUCAAAAAGCAUUGCUUAAUAACAGCGCUAUUGAUUACAAAUGACGACUUUGCGGCGUUUUACCUGCAAUGAUCUGUUCACCUACAAUAAUGUCAACCUAGACAUCCUCACAGAGACGUAUAACUUGCCGUUCUACCUGACCUACCUGGCGAAGUGGCCGGAAUACUGUCUGAUGGCUGAGGGCCCCGGCAAGCAGGCCAUGGGGUAUAUCCUGGGCAAGGCAGAGGGCGAAGGCGAGCUUUGGCACGGGCACGUCACGGCGGUCACCGUGGCACCCGACUUCAGGCGCCAGAACCUGGCACAGAAGCUGAUGCACAUCCUUGAGGAGAUCUCAGAGAAGG